UUCGUCCCUUUUCUUUUUCAUCUCCAAAAAGCUUCUCUCUUCUAGCUUCCAACAUGUCCUCUCAGCAGAAGAUCGCCAUCGUCUCGGUCUACGACAAGACCGGUCUGUUGGACCUGGCCAAGGGUCUUGUCCAGCAGAAUGUUCGAAUUCUCGCCUCUGGAGGCACCUCCAAGAUGAUCCGAGAGUCGGGCUUCCCUGUCGAGGACGUUUCCGCCAUCACCAAGGCCCCUGAGAUGCUUGCUGGUCGCGUCAAGACUCUGCACCCUGCCGUCCACGCUGGUAUCUUGGCCCGUGACCUCGCCUCUGACGAGAAGGACCUUGCCGACCAGAACAUCAACAAGGUUGACUACGUCAUCUGCAACCUCUACCCCUUCAAGGACACUGUCGCCAAGAUCAACGUCAGCAUCCCCGAGGCUGUCGAAGAGAUCGACAUUGGUGGUGUGACUCUCAUCCGCGCUGCCGCCAAGAACCACAAGCGUGUUACCAUCCUCAGCGACCCCAACGACUACGCUGGCUUCCUCAAGGAGCUCGAGAAGGGCGAUGUCACCGAGAGCAGCCGCAACCGAUACGCCCUCAAGGCCUUCGAGCACACUGCCGACUACGAUGCCGCCAUCUCCCAGUUCUUCCGCAAGGAGUACGCUGGUAACGGCGACCAGUACAGCGCUCUCCGAUACGGCGCCAACCCCCACCAGAAGCCUGCUGCCGCCUACGUUUCCGAGGGCAACCUUCCCUUCAAGGUCCUUGGUGGCUCUCCCGGUUACAUCAACCUCCUCGACGCCCUGAACGCCUGGCCUCUCGUUAAGGAGCUCCACAAGGCCCUUGGCAAGCCCGCCGCUGCCAGCUUCAAGCACGUUUCUCCUGCUGGUGCUGCCAUUGGUCUCCCUCUUACUGAGGAGGAGAAGAAGGUCUACUUUGUCCACGACAUUGAGGGCAUUGACGAGUCCAGCCUCGCCCAGGCUUACGCUCGUGCCCGUGGUGCCGACCGCAUGAGCAGCUUUGGCGACAUGAUUGCUCUCAGCGACGUCGUUGAUGUUCCUACUGCUCGCAUCAUCUCCAAGGAGGUCUCUGACGGUGUCAUUGCUCCUGGCUACGAAGAAGCCGCUCUUGAGAUCCUCAAGAAGAAGAAGGGUGGCCGAUACCUCGUCCUUCAGAUCGACCCUGAGUACAACCCUCCCGCUACUGAGACCCGCACUGUCUACGGUAUCAACCUCCAGCAGCACCGUAACGAUGUUGAGAUCACUCCCAAGCACUUCAACACCAUCAUCACCCCCAAGGACACUGCUUCCCUCCCCGAGAGCGCUGCUCGUGACCUUACCAUCGCCACCAUCACUCUCAAGUACACUCAGAGCAACUCUGUGUGCUACGCCUACAACGGACAAGUCGUUGGUCUCGGUGCUGGACAGCAGUCCCGAAUUCACUGUACCCGACUUGCCGGUGACAAGGCUGACAACUGGUGGAUGCGAUUCCACGAGCGUGUUCUCGGCAUCAAGUGGAAGAAGGGUACCAAGCGUCCCGACAAGAGCAACGCCAUCGACCUGCUCGUCAGCGGUCAGCUCCCCAAGGACGGUCCUGAGCGUGAGGCUUUCGAGGGUGUCUUUGAGGAGGUCCCUGCUGCCUUUACUGCCGAGGAGCGUGAAGCUUGGAUGAAGCAGCUCAAGAACGUUUGCGUUUCCAGCGAUGCUUUCUUCCCCUUUAUUGACAACGUCUUCCGCGUGUCUCAAUCAGGAGUCAAGUAUGUUGCUGCCCCUGGAGGCAGCCAGAACGACUCUGCUGUCUUUGACACCGCUGAGAAGCUGGGCAUUACCUUUGUUGAGCAGAACAUUCGUCUGUUCCACCACUAAGCGAUACCUGAUGAGAGAAUUUGUUUUUUGUUGAUUUUUGAUAUGAAAAUGGAACCGGAAAAGUAAAGACCUGGCUUGCAGAACUUGGCAUGGAAAAGAGGGAUUCCCAGAAAUUGUAAUCUUUAUGAUUGCGAUGUUGUAUAUAUAUGAUAGAUUUAACGCCGCGCUCAGACGCUCACUUCAACGUGAUUAUGAUGAUUUUGAACCAUUCGUAAAGUUGUAUUAUCUGUUUGUUUUGUGACUCUAUCUCAUUCGACGGCUUUCACAAAUAAGUGAGCCUGGCCGAAAGCAUCUACUCCCUUUGCUCCGUCCCAUGGUUGCUUCCCUUCCAAUCCCAAAAGCAGAUCAAAAUUAAAUAAAAUCGCAAAUCGCAGCAUUUUUUGCAACCCAAUCCCAUUACCCCUUUAUUGCCUAGUCUUCAAUGUCAUCAUCGCUGAGUACCAAUUUCUGAGCAAGUAAUCCCGAUACGUUUCCAUCCUUUAUACCCGCGCGCUUCUUUCGAGGACCCAUUUCUUCUGAAGGCUUGUCUGUUGCCCACGCUUCUCCAGGUGACAUAUCGUCUUCGGCAUCGGAUUCUUCAUCUGCAGCGUUGAUGCCUUUAAAUGCGACUACCUUUUCGAGAUCUCGAAGGCGGAAAGUGGAUGUCUUGCGAGCUCGAGCAAUAUGAGCCAUGUACGGUAGACGCUCGAGGAGCAGCUCGCGCCGGGCUGCGCUACCGAGUGAAAGCAGAGGCGUGUCCUGAAUCUCGUCUUCCUUCUGUUUCUGCUGCUGUAGCUUUAUAGCAGCCUGUCGGCUCUGUUGCUUGCGUUGCAUCCAAGAAGUUUCAUCAGAAUUCUGUUGUGGGCGAUAGAACGCUGUAGCGCCAUCGGUGAGGUUCUUGA